GAAGGUGUUGGGCCGCGAAUAUUUUGUUAUUUGCCAGCGCGCAGCCAAAGUCAGACGACCUCGGCGGCGACUCGACAAGCACGACCAGCAGCAGCUCCGCGAUACCCUCGACCUCGCCGCACCUGCUGUCACCGCCGCCGACGACAUCCGCUGUCUCUGGAUCCUUCGCCGCCGCCUCCAUCUCCGACGGCCACCGACCCGACGUUUUUCCAGUUUGCAAGAUGAUGCUCGGAUGCUACGCAGAAGACCCGCUGGCCAAGCAGAGCCGCCAGCAAGCACACGCCCACGCGGCCUCGAGCGGCCACGGGGUUGGCGCCGACUCGUUUGUCGAUGUAGAAAAGGACGGCGAACUCGGCUGGUUUAGCGACGGCAGCCUCCUGCGCAUGGACGAGUUUGGCCACGACAUUGAGUGGGUCAACGACGAGCUGGACCAAAGUCUGCACCUGCAAUUCGCCCACGGCGACAGCGAAGACCUCUUUGCGCGCGAAUUUGCGCCAUUUGCAGUGCCCUCUGCGGCGACGCCGCUCGACGUGGCGUCCAACAAUCAGCCCACCGCCUCUGAUGGCAUGCACUUGGCAAGCGGUGACUUUCGGGAAUGCGAGAAGCUCCUCAUGAGCUUUGACACGAUGAGCUACACGUCGCCGUCGCCGAUCUCAUCGCCGCGCCGCGGCGACGCAUCACUUGACGACGCGAUGCUCGACGACGACAUGGACGACGACAUGGACAUUGACGACGACAUGUCGCUCGACGGCGACAGCGACGCGCUCUCGUCCAUGACGGAUAUGGAAACCGAGAGCCUCAAGGCCGCGCUCGCCAAGCUCUCGCCGCCGGCCGUCACCAAGGUCGAGCACAAGGCGCUGGUCGCGCCCGUGAAGAAGAUUUUCGAGCCCAUUUGCCAUCAGCGCACGAUCGGUGCGUACACGCCAGCCGCGCGCAAGCUGCGACUGGAAAAGUUCCACGAGAAGCGGAAGAAGCGCAUUUGGAAGAAGAGCAUCAAGUACGACUGCCGGAAGAAGCUCGCGGACGACCGUCCGCGCAUCAAGGGCCGGUUUGUGCGUGUGCUCGAGAACCUCAACCUCGUUAAGUCGGAAGAGGCGAUCGUGGUCCCCGACGCCACCGUUGACGCGCCCGUCGCCGCGUCCCCGAAGACGGACGCCGCGCUGAUCGAGGCACCCGUGACCGACGCCGCGCCGGUCGGCACGCCUGCGGGCACGCCAAGCCCGACCGCCGUGUCGUCGCUGCUCGGCGCGAGCCUGAGCCCGACCGUGAAUGCGAUCUCGGCCAACUUUGGCUUUGGCUUUGGGUCGCCUGUCGUCAUGGUCAAGCUCGAGCAGCCGCCGUCGUUCCCGCUCGUCGGCCGCGCAAUCUUGGGCUAGCGACAUGCUUGUCUGUAGUAGUUAGUAGUUCCUCCAACCCCCACCCCAUCGCUGCCGCUGCGCAGUAACCACAUUAUAGUGCUAGAACCCGAGUCGCCCGUAUCGAAAAAUAACAAGCCCACUUCCGACUCGACA